AUGAGCUCGCAGAGUGUGUUCAAGUCGACCUGGAACAGCCUUUCAGCUUUUAGGCCGAGAUACAGACCUGUUUCGAAUGCCAAUUUCUCAGUCACUGGCAUGACAAUGUUCGAAAAGCUUCAAAAAUUAGGAGAGGGCACAUACGGAAUUGUAUAUAAGGCGCGCCAUCGACAAACAAAUAGGAUAUUUGCUGUGAAGAAAAUACGCACUGAAGAAGAUCCUGAUGGAAUUUCGGCUACAGCUCUUCGUGAGCUUGUUUUUCUGAGAGAACUUGAACAUCCCAAUAUAUUAAAGAUGUUUGAUAUCGUUUACCAGUCUCAGAAACUGUAUUUGAUUUUUGAGUAUUGCUCAAUGGAUGCGAAAGUAUUUUUGGACAGGCUACCAAAAAAUAAGCUGUUGCCACAAGUAUUGGUUAAAUCCUUUAUGUAUCAGUUGUGUCAAGCUAUGUGUUUUUGCCAUCAGCGACGGAUUUUGCAUCGUGACUUAAAGCCUCAAAAUAUGCUAGUCACGAAGAAUGGUACUAUUAAAGUGUGUGACUUUGGUUUGGCACGUGCUGUCCUUAUACCAGCAAGAGCAUACACUCAUGAGAUUGUUACACUUUGGUAUCGUCCACCAGAAGUUAUUAUAGCUGAAUCGCCUUAUACAUGCAGUGUGGAUGUAUGGAGCAUUGGUUGUAUAUUUUUUGAAUUGGCAUCAAAACAAGCUCUUUUCAGCGGAGAUUGUGAGAUCGAUCAGCUUUUUCGCAUAUUCAAAAUGCUUCGCACGCCGACAGAUACUGAAUUUGCCUCUUUAACCAAAAAAACGGACUUUAUGCAUGCAUUUCCAAAAUUUACGGAUUAUGCUCUACCAUCGAAAGCUCUUGUCUUCUUGGAUCAUGAAGGCUUUGAUCUCCUAGAGAAAUUCCUUCUCUACAAUCCAGGGAAUCGAAUUACUUGCAAGGCUGCGCUGCAACAUUCUUAUUUCAAUGAUCUUGAUAAAACGGACUUGCCAGCUGGUAGUUGGGAUGGGUCAACGUUGAUGUUACCUCCAAAGUCAUUUCUAGCUGAAGCUGAGCAGACGAUAUAA